AUGGCCUACAUCGAGCCACGCCUCAUCCACCUACUGAACGAUUCCACCACGCCACAGCUCGCUCACGCUGAUCUGCCGCCUCUCCGCCUAGCCUUUUCUCGUCCCUCCGAGAGGCCCUUCCCACUCGAGCCCGAGACCACCCAUCGCGAAGAAAACAUCAAAGGGCCCUCGCUUGCCACCAGCCACGGAGCCCCACCACAGAAUGCCGGCAUCCUCGACGACAGCUUCUCCGCACGAGAUUCACGAAAGGAUGACGAAGCACCAAUCGAUCGGGGAGCAGUCAACAGCACCGCGCAUUUACAAUUGAGACUGCUGUUGGGCGAGGACCGAGAUAAUGCAGACUCCUCCUUUUCUCUCAGCAAGAUCCUCGACGAGGUGCCCGAAAACAAAGAUGAUUCCGCAACGAAGAAGAGGCACCGCAACGUUGCCACCAAGGACGAUUUCGUGCAGCUACCACAGCCCGUUAAGAAACAAAAGCCAAUCCAACCCCAGGUCAUGCCGACUAUGCCACCCAUCAUCAAUGGCUUACACGAACCUCCUCCCGAUGCCGCGCUGUUUCCGCCCAUUGCCUCCAACGACUUCAACGAACCCGAAAGCAACCAGCUAAAGCCACUCCGAGAUUUUGCGCCUGCCGACUCGACAACGACCAAGAAUUCGAAAUUUAGUGGUGGCAAAACAAGGAAGAAGGCGAUGAAGCCGAGGAGGAAGUGGUCCGAAGCCGAGACAAACCACUUACUACUGGGUGUCAACCGUCAUGGCGUUGGAAAAUGGACCGACAUCCUUGCAGAUCCCGACUUUAACUUCAAUGACCGAACUGCGGGUGACUUGAAGGACCGGUUUCGCACCUGCUGUCCGAACGAGUUGCGCAGGACGAACAGCGAACCAAAGAUUGCAACUGCUGCUGCUGCGGCGCCGCCAACGACCCCGACCGAACCAAAGGCCAAAGCGAAAACAGGACUACUUUCCGAAAACAUACUCAUAGCACAAGAUGAGGCUAUGGCGAGCGAGCAAUCCCAAUUGACCCAGGCUGAAAUGGACGCCUUUCCUAAAAUGAAGAGGAGCAGGGCGCACCGCAAGAAGCUGGAGGAUCUAGCCGAGCUAGGAAUACACGGUCCAUUCAAGAAAUCUCACAGACGGGAAAGACGACCUUUUACCGACCAAGACGACAAGCAAAUACUCGAAGGGCUGGAUAAAUAUGGACCAGCCUGGACCAAAAUCCAGAGAGAUCCACGCUUUAGUCUGUCUGGACGACAACCGACAGACCUUAGAGACAGGGUUCGGAACAAGUACCCCAGUGUUUAUGCCAAGAUUGAAAAGGGAUUGUUCCAACCCCAGGACGGGCGAGGGGGCGAUACCCUCGAACCGACGGUUAGCAUGAGCAUCUCGAACACUCUGCAGCCCAACAGGCCACCUCCCAUGGAGGCGGCAUUGAAUAGAACCAAUUCCAAGGAGGACCUCCCCAGGUGGCCUCUCUCUGUCAUUGACAAUGGAGAACUACCUGCCAGCCAGCAGGCCUUCGACUUUGGCGAAACGACCACGGCGACAUUCAUGGGAAGUGCGGGAGAGAUGGAUAUCUCUCGCCUACUGCUGGACGACUCACAGGUCGCUAGCUCGACUGCGAUAUACGCACCCGAUCAGACGUCUGAAUCGACGUCACCUUAA